AGAUACAAAGAGAGACUAUACACAAAUUGUGAACUUGUAGUUGCAUAAAAGUACGUGACAAAUAGUAACACUUCCUACUGGAUCAACGACCAUCGAAGGCAAAGGUGAAGAUAUCGUAUUGAUCAUUUUUGCUCAUCCGGGCAGCAGAUGGCAGUUCUAGUUGGAGGUCGUACACUAGAGCAGCAACGUAAUAAUCUGGCAUUUGUCUUUGUUAUGGAGUAUACCACGUCCACAAAUCGCCGGUCCAAUGCAACUAGUGAGGCAGUACAUGCAUUCCUACGACACGAUCGGUCUUUUUUUCCAUCCUUGUGAACUGGGGGAGGUUAUUUUUUUGUAAUUUAAAAGUGAACCCUGGCUCUUCGUAACUAGAAGAAUGACUUCGAAGCACUGGCCCCUUCUGCUUUCCCUGUUUUCGCUUGGAAUCAUCCUCCAAAACUGCUUCGUGAACAUUAACUUGACGAGCCAGAGCGCUCAGUGCCUCGACAGACUUCGCGAGUCCGUGGAAACAGGAGCGUCUCUGCGAGCACGGCUCAACGAGACGGAAGACCUGGCGAGACGGCGCCAGACCCUCGCCGACGAAACGAUCAUCGAGACGGCCAGGAAAAAAGCCGAGAGAGAGCAGCUACUCGAAACUCUGAGGCUACUCCGGGAGGAGCAGGACAAACUCAAGAUCCAAACGGGAGAGGUUCAGAUGGCAGACCAGGUGGUUAAGAAGAGGAAAAAGUACAGGGAAAACCUGGACAAAUACGUCGCACACUUGCAUAAAGAGAAGAAGUCGCUCAUGGCAGAUAUUAAGAAAACGAAAGGCCUGCUGAAAGUCAUCCAAGAUGGAGAAACAUCAGGAGGAACAGGAGGGGGCGUGGCUGGAGGGAACAAGAAGGCGGAGGCAUGAUCAGUGUGAGACUGAGAAACGUUAUUACGCUAAGGCAACUAAACAGUAUUUUGUAUCGGUUAAGUUAGCACUGUGCAAUCGGCAAUUUGAGACGAGAUGUAAGCAGAUGCAUUUUAAACUUAAACAAUGGGAAUUUUAAAUAGAUAUGUCAUGCAGAUUGCGCAUGUAUAUACAGAAAGUGAUUGGUUCUAUCAGAUACAAACAAUUCAUUUUGAGGCAGGACU